CCUAUUUCAUAAAACUAUUAGUCUAAUAAUUAUUAGCGAAUUUACUAAUAAUUAUUAGUUUAUUAGCAAAAACGUGUUUCAUAAAACAUUUUCCGCACUAAUAAAUUAUUUCUCCAGCGCCAAUAAUAUUAGUGGGAAAUUAUUACUGUAGGAAGAUGAAAUUUCAUACCGACAAUUUUAUUAUUAAAUUUUUCUGCCGGACUAAUAAAUUAAUAUUUUAUUUUUAUUAGUCUACGAACGUAGGUAGAAAUACUCUAAUAAAAAAAUAUAAUAGACAAAAACGGUCAAUAGCUGAAAACGCUGUCAAAAAAAUUGCAAUAAAUUAGUUUAAAUUUAACAUUUAAAUGUUAUCUGAUAGUGAAGACGAAUGGGAGGAGUACGAACUCAUAAGAGCUCGCCGUAUUCGCUUUUUCAAGCCAAGAAUCAAUUUUGUGCUAAAUAAUACUUUCGAAUUUAAUGAAAAAUUUAGAAUUAAAAGUGAAUCCAUUGAAUAUUUGCUGCAAAAAAUUGGUCCAUAUCUUGAUACUCCAACUAGGCGGAAUUUCGCUUUGUCACCUAAGCAAAGAUUACUAACAGCACUUCAUUGGCUAGGAAAUGGAAGCCAAUACCAUGGAACAGCAGAUAUGCACGGCAUUUCGAAAGCCACUGUUUGCCGUGUUAUAAAGGAGGUUGUAAGGGUAAUAAAUGAACACGUUUUCCCACACGUUGUGCGAUGGCCUAAUGACAUGAACACUGUUGUAAGAAGAUUUUAUUCUAUAAAUCAAAUGCCUGCUGUUGUUGGAUGUAUCGACGGCACUCUUAUAAAAAUUGAUGCGCCUAACAAUCACGAAGACCGUUUUAUUGACCGCCAUGGAAAUCAUUCCAUAAACUGUAUGUUGGUGUGUGGGCCUGAUCUUCGAUUUUAUUACUGCAGUGCUAAAUGGCCCGGUAAAGUACACGAUGCUCGUGUCUUACGAAAUAGUAUUCUCUAUGAAAAAAUGGAAAAUGGUUGGCGCCCAAAUCCAAGAUCAGUGCUUUUGGGUGAUUCGGGCUACCCUCUUAAAGAAUGGCUUAUUACUCCUAAGUGUAAUAAUUUAGAAGAUCCUGCCGUGCGCAAUUUUAGUAGGGCUCAUAAACGAACAAGAUGUUUAGUUGAAAAUUCAAUAGGUAUAUUAAAGGAAAAGUUUCCUUGCCUCAAUCAUUUGAGAGUACAGCCUAUUUACGCCUGUAAUAUAAUUAAAACAUGCGUUUCAAUUUGUAAUUUGACCACAAACACACAUGAACUCUCAAACCAACCCAGCAGUGACCAAAACUUUAAUGAAGGUGAGCCAACGAACGAAAUGCUAAUACAACCAUCAACAUCCGGGAUAAUAAGACAACAAGAACUUGUAAAUUCAUUUAGAUAA